GCGUUUAUUUAGAGAAAGACAGACAGAGAGAGAGAGAGAGAGAACGAACGAAUCGUACGUAGACGUGUGCGUGCGGGCACACGCGAGCACACAUACCUUCGUCCUCCCGCUCGGUCGGGACCACGUUUCCACGAGUGACGCGAAAAUUUUCUAUAAUUAAUCCUGAAACGAGGAGCGGAAGCAGUGCUCGGUAUUUCCGGCGAGCGUCCGUAGCAUUAACCAUUGGUAAGAGAGAAGAUGGCGGCGACCGAACGGAAGGAGCCAAUAAGGUAGCUCGACGAUAGCGUAGAAAGGGAUCGGAAACUGUCGUUGCUUCUCUUUCUUUCGGUCCGUAAAGCCGGCACCAGCCACCGGUUCACCGUACGAACCGACUGUGACGCGUGCCAAGCCAUUCUCUCGAAUAAUUCGCGUGCUUCGUACGUUACCGAUUCGUCUUUCCGCGCUCGAAAGAAUAUCACGAUCGGUUUUACCGCGUAUCUCGUGCCAGCAAUUUUUCGAGUAAGCUCGCGCGUAGACGAUGGCGGCGGUUGAGUGUUACCAAAAUCAAGCUCAGGCCGAGAGCACCGGACAACAGACACAGGGCCAACAGCAGCAGCAGCAGCAGCAGCAGCAGCAGCAGCAACAGCAACAACAGCAGCAGCAACAGCAACAACCAACCGCCGGAAUUCCUGGAAAGGAUGACGAGCGUAAGCUCUUCAUCGGUGGGCUAUCUCGAAAUACCACCGACAAGGAAUUGCGCGAUCAUUUUGGAAAAUUCGGCGAGAUCGAAAGCAUUUCCGUCAAAAUGGAUCCAUACACCGGCAUCUCGCGAGGUUUCGCUUUUAUGGUUUUCACCAAUCCAAAAACCAUCGACAAGCUUCUUGCGUCGGGCGAGCAUUACAUCAACAAACGUAAGGUGGAUCCGAAGCGAGUCAGCAAGAAGCCUCAACACGGGAAAAUAUUCGUUGGCGGUCUUACGCCUGAAAUUACAGACGAGGAUAUUAAAUCCUACUUUAGUCAAUACGGGACUAUCGUCGAAUUGCAAGCGCCGUUCGACAAGGUAAAGAAUCAAAGAAAAGGAUUUUGUUUUAUAACGUUUGAUUCUAAGGAAGUUGUAUAUAAAUUACUGAAAACUCCUAAACAAACGAUAAAUGGCAAAGAAGUAGACGUUAAGAAGGUCAAAGUUAAUCCGGAUCCAAGAACGCAAGGAUUUUGGGGGCCUGGUUAUGGUUACGGGUAUGCCGGUGGUUACGGUUACAUUCCCGAGUAUUGCAACGGUUAUCAAGGUGGAUACGACGACAUGUACGGGAAUUACGACUAUUCGGGAUAUGACGGAUACGAGAAUAUGGGAUACUCGGCUCAAGGUAAACCGCGAGGAAACGGACAGGGACCACGUCAAUUUCAGAGACAUCAACCGUACUAAACGCAGAGUAUAAAUUCGUUUAUACGCUCGAGAAUGGUGAAAAUACAAGAAUAUAGUAGGAGGUAGACCAACUUUAUCUAAUUACAGUCAGAGACUGAAACGAGGGGAUUUGGAUGGGACGAGGUAUUACGAAUACCCGGUACCGUCUCCCUUAAAUUUCCUAAACUUCAUACGUCGCGUCUGUAUAAUACUAGAUACCUUUGUGUACAUUUGUUAAAAAAAAUUCUCCCACUGGUUUGGAGUUAUGAUGUUACGAAUUUAAAAGAAUCAUGUCAGUUUCUGUAUAAUGCACAUUUUGCCUCCUAUUACGAGAAAUAAUCUUUAAAGUAAAAUUAAGUAACGAUGUUGUGCAUUUUCUUAAACGAGGACAGGGCCAUCGACACUGAUGUCUAUAAUUUUACUCGACUUGAAUGAUAAACUUUAAAGCUAGAAAUAUUUGCGGAAAGAGUCGUUUAUGACAUACGCCUCGAACGAUAACGAGUAUUGAUUGUUAUAAAAAGGAUUUCUUAGAUCCCCCGAUGGAGAAAUCUCAAGUGGAGUGAAAUUCGUAAUUUAAUCCUGUCUCCUUGUUACUCAUUUCUCAUACUAACCCGUGUAUCUAAUAAUUUAAUGCUAGCUAUAUUCUGUAGCUAUUCUUUGGCUAUUCUAUAGCUAUUCUAUAGCUAUUCUUUAGAAUUUUAGGUUGCAUUAUUCGUGUAUUCUUUACUAUGUGCUUGGUGUUAUUUUCAUUUAAAGAAGAAAAACAAGAACAAUGUAUAGUUUGCAUUUGGUUUUUUUUUUUUCUCCCCCUAUCGGUACGCAGUUUUAAUUCGGAUUAAUUUCAAUUUACAGCAAAUUGUCGUUUAUGGACCAAAAUUUUGCUCCCAUUGAAACAUACUUCUUCCUUGUAAGAUUAUAUUCUAUAUGCAUUAUCUAUUAUCAUAUAAUUGUUUAUAAUCUAAAGAUAAGUCUUGUAACUUAUAUGAAUCUUAAAUAUGCUGCGCAUGCGUGCAUACGUAUGUGCAUAUGCAGGUACACAUAAGUAUAUACUGAUAUAGAGAUUAGGAUUAAAAAAAAAAAAAAAAAAAAAAAAAAAGAAAAAAACAUUUGAAAAAUGUAUAAUUAAAAUAUGAACGUCCUGGGUAUUAUACAUAAGGAAUACUUGCGCGACGUUAAAUUACGAACGAUAUUUGUGAUUCGUAUUUAACGAAAAUUGUCAUUAAAACAAUACAAACUUUAUGAAAGAAAAGAAAAGAAAAGAAAAGAACAGAACAGAACAGAACAGAAACAGAAAUACCACUUGCUUUAUAUAUCAACGACCUAUUGAAAUUUCAAUAGAUUAUUUCUACGGGCGUGUGUGUGCGUAUAUGUAUACAUAUAUAUAUAUAGGUAUAUAUAUAUAUGUAUAUAUUAUAACACAUAUAUAUGUACGUUAUAUCUGCUUUUCUUCAAUUGUAACACAACAUUGUAGUAUAGUUUAGACGUCGCGUUUGUACUCAUUAUGGCGUAAAUGUCACACGAAUACGGCGAAAACAUUACAUCUAAGCGAGUAACGCAAAAGCAAAAUUUGGUUAAGACACUGGAGUAACAGAAUGUUUCAAAAUACAUGAAUGACUAGAAGUUACGAAAAAAUGUAGGCUACAUUGACAUUUCUUUCGCAUUUGUAUCGAGAGUAGCAGUUCCUGUUUGAUAUUGCAAACUACAAAGACUGCUCUUCAUAUCGCGAAAAGACUGUUAACACGUAGCGUAUCGUUCGACGUGAUAUAAUAUCUAGAGAAUUCGAUAACCGGUACUACCCGUGCGAUUUUUUGACCGCUAAAUUCAAGUCAUUAACGUUAUUGUAAGAAAGCGUUGCUAAUGAUACAGUGAGACUACGUUUAGAUACAUCGAAAUUAUGUCGUUUACAAGGCUGAAAAGGCUUUAUACAUUCGAAAGACAUUCAAAGGUUACAAAAGUAUCAACGGUUUGGCUUAAAUGUAAUAUAAUGAUACGCGACCGAUCAAACUUAAUACAAAAUUGUUUCUGCCACCAACUUCGAGAUUUUAAGCCAAACCAAUUAUGCUUUUGAAAUUAAAUCUGUAUACUAUGUAUACCAUAUUUGCUGCGUGUGAAAAAAAGAAUAUAUAUAUAAAAGGAAAAAAACAAAAAAAAAAAAGAAAAAUGUGUGAAAUUAAAGGAAAUAACAUGAAUAUUUUGUUACGAUUAAUUAAUAUUCGCCUGUUUCACCCAUGACACAGUGUAUAUUUUAAUUAUAGCAAGAAAUAAAAUGCCUAUUACUUAAAA